GUUUUAGUAUAGACCCGUGUACAAAAACAUUAAGAAACGUACAUUUCGGGGUAGUUCACUCGAUUUAGUUUUUUUUUUCUCUUCUCUUUCCUUCAAAACAUCCGAAACAUGUUUCGCUCGGUGAAGAUUUCUCGCGCCCCGCUCGCGGCUUUGAAGCCCGUUCUGGCGGACUCCGUUGAGACUCAGAACACUAUUCGCCGCAUGAUUGGCGUCAAGACUGUCCACGCAAUCAACGUCAACGCGAUCAACAGCGUUGUUGAGAAGUUGAAAGGUGAGGGUUUGGCUGGUACAACUGCAACGGUCGCUCGCGCCAGCGCUUAUCUGCUUUCGCGGAACCCGACCGACGCACUUGUGGAGGUGGAGACAGUGCUACCAAAGAUUCAAGACAAAGCCUUGAGGCGUCUCGCAAUUGGAAUUCGCCUUCGCUCGCACAACGAUCUGCUCGACAUUAAGGAGGCUUCGCUGAACGUGUCCGGUGGCGCAACUGAGGCAGAGGUGUCGGAUAUCCGCUCCAAGCUGCAGGACGACUAUAAGGAGCUCGUCGCAAGCUCUCCCGGGUGCUGGUUAGUGGAACUGGCUGCUGCGGAGUAUAGCCUGUACACUGGCGCGAACGAAGAGGCAUACAACCACUUUGUGGCGGUAGAAAAGAAGAUCCAGGACUACAUAAAGGCACCGAUCCAAGUUUCGCAGGAAGUGGCGACGCCCGAGAACACGAACGAGUUCUCGCUGAUCGCGUUUCAAAUCCGUCGCGCGCGUCCCGGGGUGAAGCCACAGGACGUCAGCGCCACCGUGGCGGAGGGCAUGACGAACGUGAUGGCCGACCCCAAUGCGACAAAGGCUCUCGAAGCGGCGAAGAAGGCGCUUGGGGGGCAGCUGUCGAAUGAAGAGGCGAUCGAGCUGGCACUCACGCUGCAGGAGGCCAAUGUGCGCCACCAUUUCCAUGACUUCUUUCCUACCAACGCUGACCACUACGACGAAUGGACUUCAGAGGGCGCUGUGAAGGCGAAGCAGUUGAUCAGUGAAGCCGUGACGCCCCACAACACUGGGCUCAAGCACGAGGCUAUAGAGAAGAUUCGCACCUCGGUGCCCCACAAGCCUUUCUACGACUCCGAGGAGAAGCUUCGCGCUUUCCUCAAGUCCGCACCGAAGGAUAGAAGCAUCAUUGCCUCCAUUCGCGAAACUUUUGGUCCUGGUCCCAUCACCGCUGUCAGUUCUUCCGACCAGGCGGUCGCCGAUGCUGUGGAGUCGGUGGACUUGGCGGUUGUGUCGUCGGACACUGCCGCCGGAACGGAUUACGCGUGCCGCGGGAAGGAGAUUGCGAAGGCCCUAGCGAAGCAGAUGCUGUAUCGCACGCAAGUGCAGAAAGCGGUCGCGCUGACGGAGAUGAAUCGCUUGCAGGAUGCGGUGGAGGCUGUUACCCCGGUGAUUAACGCCAGCGAGUACAUCUACAUGUGGCGAGCCCUCCUAGCGCGCAGUCGCGCAUACAAAGGACUUGGCCUCAUCACCAACUCCGACAAGGACUUGAAGGAGCUCAAUCGUCUGAAGCACAGUCUGACGGAGCGUACCCCGUACGAGAAGAAGUAG